CUACUCACAACUCAAAACCCAAACCUAAACCCUUCUUCUUCACAUUUCACUUAUCUUUCAGUCUUAUCCAGAGAAAGAGAAAUGGCGUGCACGGCCCCUUCGAUGAUCUCCGUGAACCCUAGGACCUCUCCAAUGGCUUCCCAUCUCCACCCUUGCCCCCAAUCCAUUGCCAUCCCCAAGUCCUUCCAUGGCUUGAGGCCCAGCACCGCACGUCCUCGGUCUCCCCGCUUGGCCUCCACCCAGAGACCCUUGAACCGAAGCUUUGUCGUCAAAGCCUGCUCGCUGCCGUUGGUUGGAAAUCCGGCGCCGGAUUUUGAGGCUGAAGCUGUUUUUGAUCAGGAGUUCAUCAAGGUCAAACUCUCUGAGUAUAUUGGAAAGAAGUAUGUCAUCCUAUUUUUCUAUCCUCUGGAUUUCACAUUUGUUUGCCCCACAGAGAUUACUGCCUUCAGUGACAGAUAUUCAGAUUUUGAGAAGCUUAAUACAGAAAUAUUAGGUGUUUCGGUUGAUAGUGUGUUUUCCCAUCUGGCAUGGGUUCAGACAGACAGGAAGUCUGGUGGACUUGGAGAUUUGAAGUAUCCUUUGGUGUCUGAUGUGACAAAAUCAAUUUCCCAAUCUUAUGGUGUGCUGAUCCCAGAUCAGGGAAUUGCGUUGAGGGGACUGUUCAUUAUUGAUAAGGAAGGAGUGAUUCAGCACUCUACCAUCAAUAAUUUGGCCAUUGGACGAAGUGUUGAUGAAACAAUGAGAACUCUUCAGGCCCUGCAAUAUGUACAAGAGAACCCAGAUGAGGUUUGCCCAGCAGGAUGGAAGCCUGGGGAGAAGUCAAUGAAACCAGAUCCUAAGCUAAGCAAGGAUUACUUUGCAGCUAUCUAGGGCUCCUUCCUAAUCAAAGAAUGGUGGCCGUAGCUAUGUACGUUCUUUGCGGCUCUUGACAAAUUUCCUUUUAUGUCAGUUUCAUGAGGCAUGCAAUUUUGUUCCUCAUCAUUGCAUUGCAUUGCAUUCUCUCCAUGUAUUUUUAAUUGCUGUCUUUAGUUAAUCAAAAGGUGAUUUGGCUUACAAGAUUAUUCUGCUCGGUAAGAAUCAUGGGUAUCCAAUUGGUUUUUCAAGUAUUAAUAAUAUUUAAUCAAGAGGAAAUUAUUUGAA